UAUAAUCUGCAUAAACGCAUCGUGAUAUCCCACUACUACUAAAAUAUUUAAAAUUGACUUUCAGGAGUUCAAGUUGUGCUCCAAACACAAACGAAGAAGAAACGACAACGCGUAUGUCAUUCAAACCUGCAAACAAUCAAAGGAUUAGCUUUUGUUGCAGGAGCGAUUGUUCUUUGUAUUGAAGAACUACCAAUAGGGAAACAUUUGUUGCAACUUUUGAUUUAUUGAGAGGGAAAACGAGAACAGUUGUUGAAAUUAGAAGACUCCGGCAUAUUAUUAAGUAACCUUAAUGAAGUAAAACUGCUGUCUUCUGCUGCAUUAAUCGGGGAGUUCAAAAUUCAGCGACCAGUUUCAGGGGGUGACUUGCCCUGUAGGGUGAACUCCUCCAGCACCAUGAUGAUGGGUGAUGAUAUGGAGAGCGGCAAUUUGGGGCCCUACCAAGAUAGGCCAAGGACUUUCCCAAAUCUGGGUAGUAAGCCUUAUACACCAUUGAUUUUUCGAGUUCUUAUGCGGAUAAACGGUCGUGCUCUUCUUGUUUUAUUGCUAUUGGGUUUUGGAACAAUCUUUUACAUUGGAGCCAGGACUUCUCCUGUCAUUGUGUUUGUCUUCACAAUUUGUAUCUUCAUCCUUUUUUUUUCAAUGUAUCUUACCAAGUGGGUACUUGCAAAGGAUGAGGGGCCUCCUGAGAUGGUUGAGAUAUCAGAUGCAAUACGUGAUGGAGCUGAAGGAUACUUCAGGACUCAGUAUGGCACCAUCUCUAAGAUGGCAUUGCUGUUGGCAUUGCUAAUCCUUAGCAUAUAUCUGUUUCGCAGAACAACUCCUCAACAAGAAUCUUCUGGACUGGGCAGGACAACUUCGGCAUGUAUCACUGUUGCUGCUUUCCUCUUGGGGGCUCUGUGUUCAGGAAUUGCUGGUUAUGUUGGAAUGUGGGUUUCAGUUCGCGCAAAUGUUAGAGUUUCCAGUGCUGCAAGACGGUCAGCAAGAGAAGCGUUGCAGAUUGCUGUUCGCGCUGGUGGCUUCUCUGCUCUAGUGGUUGUUGGUAUGGCUGUAAUGGGUAUAGCCAUCCUUUACGCCACAUUUUAUGUUUGGCUGGGUGUUGACUCACCAGGUUCUAUGAAGGUUACUGAUUUGCCCCUUCUUCUGGUGGGCUAUGGCUUUGGAGCUUCCUUCGUGGCCUUGUUUGCUCAGUUGGGUGGUGGCAUAUACACAAAAGCUGCUGAUGUUGGUGCAGACCUGGUUGGAAAAGUAGAGCAGGGAAUACCUGAAGACGAUCCUCGUAACCCUGCUGUGAUUGCGGAUUUGGUUGGAGACAAUGUGGGUGAUUGUGCUGCAAGAGGUGCAGAUCUUUUUGAGAGUAUAUCGGCUGAAAUAAUUAGUGCUAUGAUUCUUGGUGGAACAAUGGCUCAACAAUGCAAAAUUGAAGAUCCAUCUGGCUUCAUAUUGUUUCCACUUGUAGUUCAUUCUUUCGAUCUGGUGGUAUCAUCGAUAGGAAUGCUUUCAAUUAGGGGCACACGUGACGCUAGUGUGAAGUCGCCUAUGGAGGAUCCGAUGGCUGUUCUUCAGAAAGGUUACACUGUUGCAAUAUUUUUUGCUGUUCUGGCAUUUGGUGUGUCUACUCGCUGGAUGCUUCAUACAGAACAAGCACCUUCCGCAUGGUUCAACUUUGCCCUAUGCGGGUUGGUUGGUAUCAUCACAGCUUAUCUUUUUGUCUGGAUCACCCAGUACUACACUGACUACAAGCAUGAGCCUGUACGCACAUUAGCUCUUGCUAGCUCUACGGGUCAUGGAACUAAUAUUAUUGCUGGAGUUAGUUUAGGCCUGGAAUCAACAGCUCUUCCAGUUAUUGUGAUCAGCAUAUCUAUUAUUUCGGCAUACUGGUUGGGUCAUACCUCAGGUCUAGUGGAUGAAGGUGGAAACCCAACUGGUGGGUUAUUUGGCACAGCUGUAGCAACAAUGGGAAUGCUUAGCACUGCUGCGUAUGUUCUUACUAUGGAUAUGUUUGGUCCCAUAGCAGAUAAUGCUGGUGGAAUUGUCGAGAUGAGUCAACAGCCAGAAAGUGUUCGAGAGAUCACUGAUGUUCUUGAUGCUGUGGGUAACACUACAAAAGCUACCACAAAAGGAUUUGCCGUCGGGUCUGCAGCUCUUGCAUCUUUCCUUCUAUUCAGCGCUUAUAUGGAUGAGGUAGCUGCAUUCUCACGUGAAAAUUUUAAACAGGUUGACAUUGCCAUUCCGGAAGUUUUCAUUGGUGGAUUGUUGGGCUCAAUGCUUAUAUUUUUAUUUAGUGCAUGGGCCUGCUCUGCUGUUGGCCGAACUGCUCAGGAGGUGGUUAAUGAAGUCAGAAGACAAUUUAUUGAAAGGCCAGGCAUUAUGGAGUACAAGGAGAAGCCAGAUUAUGGUCGCUGUGUUGCCAUAGUAGCUUCUGCAUCAUUGAGGGAGAUGAUAAAACCUGGUGCUUUGGCUAUUGUUUCGCCUAUGGUGGUUGGACUUGUGUUCCGGAUUUUGGGAUACUAUACUGGACAUCCUUUACUUGGGGCUAAAGUUGUCGCUGCCUUCCUGAUGUUUGCAACGGUUUCAGGCAUUCUGAUGGCUCUUUUCCUGAACACAGCAGGUGGUGCAUGGGAUAAUGCGAAGAAGUAUAUAGAGACGGGGGCUCUAGGAGGUAAAGGGAGUGAUUCUCAUAAAGCAGCAGUUACUGGAGACACUGUAGGAGAUCCAUUCAAAGAUACAGCUGGACCUUCUCUGCACGUCCUCAUAAAAUUGCUUGCCACCAUUACGCUCGUGAUGGCUCCAGUGUUCCUGUGAGAGUUGUAUAUAUCUGCUAUGGCGAAAAUAGAAUAUACAGCACCCAUUACCGUCGAGUCAUUAGAUAUUUUGCAGAGAUAGAGAUAGGGUAUUUUGGUGUAUGUAUAUCAAGGAGUGUUUCAUCAUUAGUCCUUACUGAUUACAUUCCUUUUUUUCCCCUUAAUAUGAAUAAGAGAUGUUAAUAGUUUUUCGCUCAUUUUAAUGUCGGAGAAACUAACUACUUGACCCGAU